CGGUGACGCGAGACCCGCGCAGUGACCUUCGUAGCGGCUGCGGCUGUGAUUAGAGACGUUUCCUGCUCAGCUGCCGGAGCUCGCUGUGUCGCAAAGCCGCAGCGCGCGGAUUUCCGCAGCCCCGGCUCCGGCCUGCGAAUAUCUGGCCGCGGCGCGCCAUCUUAGCCGCGCGCCAUGGCCGCGGCCUGUGGGCCUGGAACGGACCGCCGCAGUCCUCUCCUCGGCCUCCUUUUGCUUCUGCUGAUCGCGGGCCCUACCCUGGGCUGGAACGACGCCGACAGAAUAUUGUUGCGGGAUAUAAAAGCUCUUACCCUCCACUAUGACCGCUAUACCACCUCCCGUAGGCUGGAUCCUGUCCCACAGUUGAAAUGUGUUGGAGGCACAGCAGGAUGUGAUUCUUAUACCCCAAAAGUCAUUCAGUGUCAGAACAAAGGCUGGGAUGGUUAUGAUGUACAGUGGGAAUGUAAGACUGAUUUAGAUGUUGCGUACAAAUUUGGAAAAACUGUGGUGAGCUGUGAAGGCUAUGAAUCCUCUGAAGAUCAGUAUGUACUAAGAGGUUCCUGUGGCUUGGAAUAUGACUUAGAUUACACAGACCUUGGCCUGAAGAAAUUGAGAGAGUCUGGAAAAAACCAUGGCUUUAACUCUUUCUCUAAUUAUUAUAAUAAGUUUUAUUCCUCAAAUUCUGGUGGCAUCAGUGGAUUGAUUACCAUCGUGGUGCUACUUGCUAUUGCAUUUGGAGUUUAUAAGUUGUUCCUUAGUGAUGGUCAAGAUUCUCCUCCACCAUAUUCUGAGUAUCCUCCAUAUUCUCAUCGUUAUCAGAGAUUCACCAACUCAGCAGGACCUCCCCCAGGCUUUAAGUCAGAGUUCACAGGACCGUAUGGUGCAACUUCUGGUUUUGGCAGUGCUUUCACAGGACAACAAGGAUAUGAAAGUUCAGGACCAGGAUUCUGGACUGGCUUGGGAACUGGAGGAAUAUUAGGAUAUUUGUUUGGCAGCAAUAGAGCAGCAACACCCUUUUCAGACUCAUGGCACUACCCAUCUUAUUCCUCAUACUCCAACAUGUGGAACUCACCGCUUCGUGGAGGCUCAGCUAGCUAUUCGGCAUGUUCAAGCUCAGAGACAAGAACAAGAACGGCAUCAGGAUAUGGUGGUACCAGAAGACGAUAAGAAAGCAAAAAGUUGAAGUCAAACAUCGAAUGCAAAUUUUCUGAUUUUUCAUCACUUUCUCUUAAAAAAAAAGUGCUACCUGCUAACAGCUGGGGGAAAGUCAAAAGUUCUGCGGUGUUUUGUCCUGUAUAGCUUUUUGUAUUCUAUUAUUGGAGACUAAUAAGAGUUGAUAAUAUGACAAAAUGCUUAUGUGGAAAAUUGUAUCUUAGUGUAACAUGCAGAUGUUUAUUACAGUUUUUGAAAGUGAUAAUUACUAUAGAAUGCUGAAAAUGUGUUGUUUAAUUUCUAAAACCCGUGAUGCCAUGAAAAGCAUUAAGAAUGACCAAUAGACACUGAGUACAGAAAAUUUCGAUCUGAUUUUAGUUGAUGAGCUAUUAUCUCAUAGAAACAAUAAUAAUCUAUUUGGUAUUUGGUGUUUGCUGUUCUUCAAACAUUUAAGAAUUAGCUUUGGACUACUAAUUAAACUAACCUGUGGGUUUUGAUCACUUUUGAACUCAGGAGCUUUGAAUCCUUCAGUGGUACUGGGGUGCUAGAAGAGGAAAUUACCUUUUUACGGAAAAGGUAGAAAAAAUAAAUAUCUAGAAAGUCGUUGUGAAUGAUUGUGUGCUGACAAAAAUUCUUGAAAUCCUCAUAUACAUUUCUUAAGAGGUAAAUUCAGAUGCUUCAUCAAAGGUCUUUUAAUAGCAAAAGCAUGCAGUUCUCUGGAAUCUCAAAUAUUGUAGCAGUCUUUUUCAGUCUUGCAUUAAAAUGAUGGGAAAAAAAACCCAAGAGAUUUUAUUCUUAUUCUUUCUACACACUUUGACACAAAUUGAUGUUACUUUUUAACUCUUUUUUUUCCCCAAAGGAAAAGGAAUUUAUGCAGAAAUUCUGUUUCCCUAAACAAUAAUUACCCAUGGUAAUCUUGCCUCAGCUACCAGUCAUUUGGUAAAUGUUUUCAAAAAAAUAAUUUAGAAAUGAUGUGGGAGGAAGCCUCUGCUAAAAAAAUUUCUUUUUAAAAAGAAUAAUUAAAUCUCCAAGCCUCCUAAUCUUCAAAGGUUGUAUAAUCUGUUUUAGUUAAGCGCUAUAAUCCAAGGGCCUCAUUUUUACCUUUUAGGAAUCAUUGAAAAACAAACUCUUAUUUAGAUUUAAAAAUGUGAUUUAGGGAGUAGUCAAAAGGGUACUGUGAAUAGAACUAUCCCUCUUCAGUAAAACUUGUAGACGUUUUAAUUUAUGUCACACAAGAAACACAUUUUUCCUUAGGUUUGUUGUACUAAAUCCUUACCCCAUUUCUCCUUAGUAAAAAGAUAUGGAAUGAAAGAAAAUCAGUUUAUUGCCUUUCCCCUAUUUGCUUAUUUUGGGUUUUAUUUAUUUAUUUUUAUUACAGGAGUUGAUAAUCUUGCAUUGAGUAUGUUUUACAUGGAAAGCAAAGUAAAAAUGUUAAUUUAAAACUAUAGAUUGGGCUGAUUAUAUUGAUCUGCAUAUUAAAUUUGAUGUUCUUAAAACAGUA